GCUGGGGGAGAGUUCCCGUUCCGCGCGAGCCCGGAGCACCCAGACCCAAGGAUGUCCACAGCGGCAACCUGCCUGGUCCUCUUCACCAUCAUCUUCUCUGUAGAAUCGCACAAAGCUGGUUCUACCUUGAGGUUAAAGAAUGUAAAGGUUCUGCCUCAUGAAAAGGGACUGAAAAUCCUCUGGGAAUCACCGCAGGAUGUAUCCAAGAGGCCUGUAGAUUAUUACAAAAUUGGUUAUGGUAAAACACUGGAAAACAUCAAGUUCAUCAAAGUGGGGAAAGAUAAACAUUCUUAUGUAGUGGAGGAUAUUGAGCCAGAGGAAUUGCAUUUUCUGAUGGUGACAGCAGAAGGACGAAUCAGAGGGAGACAUCCAGUAUACAAACCACAGAGUGCCACAGGGAGGAGAGUACCAAUAAGACCACAGAAUCUGCACAUGGGAUCUUCUGAUGAUAAGCUUUCGCAUCAGUUGAGAUCACCCCAUAACCCUCGAAUGAGAAGCUAUUUGCCUGGUUAUAGGGGCAGUGGCAGGAGAAUGAAAUAUGCACCAUAUCCUCAAGAACAAAGAAGACAUGAAAUACAGAGACUUGUUCCUGAUCCAAUGUCUAGAAUAUCUUCACGUGCAAGGAGUGCCCUAGUGCAGCGGGAAUCUGUUUACAGAGCAGCCCCAACAAAACACAAAGUACCAGAGACAAGUGAGUUGUACGAGCCCAAAGACAUAACAGUUCGAGUUAUGAGUCCACAGUCUGUGCUUGUUAUGUGGGUUGAUCCUGCGUUUGAAAAUGGAAAGAACCCCGGUGGCAUUAAAUAUUACACCGUUAGAUACAGAGAGAGAGGAGAAUCAGCUAAAUGGGAAUACAAGAUAUCCAAGACAUACAGGCGAGUUCUGAUUGACAAGCUGACAUCAGAUUCCAUACAUGAAUUCUCUGUUCGCACUUCUCAAGGAGACAGAGAUGGCAAAUGGAGUGUUUCAGUUUUCCAAAGAACCCCUGAGUCUGUUCCUUCUUCCAGUCCUGAGAACUUUGAGGUGAAGCCACUGGGUGAAAAAGGAACAGCUGUGACUGCAUCCUGGGACCCUCCAAAUGAUCGCAAGGGGAAGGUCACAGAAUACAUUGUUUCAUACGCCCCGGCUCUCAAACCAUUCGGAGCAAAGACGGUUACUUUUACUGGGGAUGUUACAACUGCAGUAAUUGACGAUCUGCAGCCUGGGGAGCGCUAUGUUUUCAAAAUUCGAGCAGCAAACCGGAAAGGGCAAGGUCCUCAAUCUAAGACUCUCAGUGUUGUUCUGCCAAAAUCUGACAACGUUGUUGCAACUUCACCUCGUAGGACCCAAAGCAAAUUUCAUAUUUCUCUCGUAUCUGAGUCGUCUUCAUCUUCGAAAUCCCUUUCCAAAAUGCCUUCAUCGUACGUGCCAGCUUCUAAACCCAUCUCUGUUUUCAGAUCAAACAUGAGAAAAUCUUCUGAUCCUCCUCCUGACUCUAAAUCAUCUUCACAGUCAUCUGGUUCUGAUACUAAAACAGUUCAAAACAUGCAUUUGGCUUCCUCAUUAAUCCAUCCGUCUCCCCCCUCAACACCAUUGAAAUAUUCGGCAACAAACCUGAGAAGAAACAGUCAAACGUUAAACAGAGUAAGGUCUACCUCUUCUGCAUCGUCAUCCAACAGAAGUCCAAUUCAGCUAAGAAUACCGAAUUCUGAAGCAGGUCCCAAAAAGCAAACUGUUUCUGGCUCUUCACCUGCUCUGAUACAAAAUGAAGCAAAAGAGCCAAGUCAUGAUGAGUCCAAACUUCGGACUUCAUCCACUCUUCCCUCUUCCAGGUCUUCUGUGUAUCCAGAGGAAGAGGAAGAAGAGUUCAGUGUAGAAGAGGAAGAAAAAGCUGAAGACGAAAACAAAAAAGAGGAGAAUCCCAUUUUAACCAAGUUGAAGCAAUCUUACCAUAAUUCCAUGCUGAACAGACAACCUUUAAAUGUACAGUCACCAAAGUCAUUCUCUGUAGCUGAUGCUACUCUGAAACGGCCAAUAUCAAGAACAAGUUCAAAUUCACAUCCAUCUCGCACAAAGGCACCAAUAAUCUCCUUGACAUGGCCUACUCUACCUAGAAGAAAAGUUAGUCCUGAUCCAGAUAAAAAACCAGUUUCCACAGCAUCUUCACAUUCAUCCACACAGAGAAAUCUUGUCUCUGGAUCCAGUUUUCUCAAUAACAGACGUACUUCUGGGUCUAAUAAAAGCACCCUUAUUCCUUCUGUUUCUCCUGUCAUAUCCUCCUCUUCUAUAUCCUCAGAAAGUAAUCACAGAUCUUCGUGGACAAAUCCUAUGGCCCAUUCCAGUUAUAGCAAAGUACUGUCUGGUGGUGAUAGAAAACAAAUUUCCAAUUCUGCGUCUUCUGAACUAAAACCCACCACGUCCAGCAGUUCCUCUCAGCAUUUUGCAUCUUCAUCAACUAAGUUAUCUUCAGGAAAUUCAGGUCAAUUUUCACUGUUGGAUUCUAAUUUCCCUACUACCAAACUGUCAUCUGGGACUGAGAGAAAACCAUUUUCCUCUCAGGCUUUCUCCCAGUCCCAAGCUUCUUCAACAGUCCAGUCCUCCACUGCAGAAGGUUCACGGUCAGUUUUGCCAACAAAUCGCCUUUCUGCCUCCCCAUUUACUAACGCUAGAAUGCCUGAUGGUAGAAGUAGGGCACUUUCCUCUUUAGCACAAUCACGAUCUCCCUCUUCAUCAUCUUCCUCUUUACAAGGGCAUUCUCAUUCAGUUGAACGAACACAUUCCUCGAUUCCCAAUGGAAAAAUUGUAGCAAUUCCUCCGACGCAAUCAGUUACACCUUUAAUAUCUCAGUUUAUCCCUUCAUUGUCAUCUUCAAGACACUCCAGACAACGGUUAACUUCACUUCCAUCAGGGUCCAAAAGAACAGGAGGUCGACAACCUGUACCUCCAUCCUCACCACGCGUUUCAGUAUCACAUUCCCCAUCUUCAACGUCUUCAAAUCGACAGCUUUUCCCUGGAACACGAACACGGUUUCCUUUGAGAACAAAUAACAUUGGAGAACUUGUACGUGCAGGAAGGUUUCGGCAGUUUGGAAAGACCAGCCCUGACCAGUGGAAAAAUAGGAGACCAAACUUGACAGCUGAAAGAGGGAAUAAAGUUUCAUCGAGCAAAGAAAGUAACGAAAAGACAGCUGGGCGUCGAGUCAUCACUGGUCCUCAGAACACUAAAUGGAUUGUGGACCUUGAUCGUGGAAUUCUGAUGAAUCCUGAAGGACGAGUCCUCCAAGAUACAGAGGGAAAUCCACUCCGAAUACAAUUGGGAUCAGAUGGGCGAACAGUAUUAGAUGAGGAAGGAACCCCGAUCUUGAGUCCAGAUGGUUUAGCUCUGUUUGGACAUGGGCGAGAUAGUAAGCCUUUAGAUGGCCCAAAAGAUAAGCCAAUUUUGUCAGUUGGAGGCAAACCUGUCAUUGGAACCACCACACCAGAGCCGACUACAACCACCACACCAGAGCCGACUACAACCACCACACCAGAGCCAACUACAACCACCACACCAGAGCCGACUACAACUGAGCUAACAACUGAACCGACUACAACUGAGCUAACAACUGAACCUACAAUGGUGGUUCCAACAUGCCCCCCAGGCAGUAUUGUGAGGCUGGAUGAAAAUGGUUAUCCUGUUCUGGGUCCUGCCGGAAAAAUUGAAUGUGAUAUUGAAGAAGAGUCUUCAGGGAUGGGACCUGAUGUGAUGCCAACAGUUUCCAUGAAAGAUGAUUUUCUGGAUUCUUUAGACAUUAAAGAAGGAUUUCGGCUAAUUACAACUACAGCACCUACAACAACUGAGUCUCCAACAGAAGUGGAACCUGCUAGGUCAUUCAAUGCAAUUCCGCAAUCAAAGUUUGAUGUGGCAGGAAAAAGACGAUUUGUAGCUGCUCAUGUGAAUUACAUCAGCAAAGAUCCAGAAUCCCCCUGCUCAUUGACAGAUGCACUGGAGCAUUUUCAAGUGGAUUCAUUGGUGGAUAUUAUUCCAGAAGACCUGAAGGAAAAGAACUUACCACCUGAGGAACCUCCACGCAACAUCACCAUUGUGGCUGUAGAAAGCUGCCAUUCCUUCAUAAUCCUUGACUGGGCAAAACCUCAAAAGAAUGAAUAUGUGACAGGUUACCUUGUUUACAGUGCCUCUUAUGAUGACAUCUUGCAGGACAAAUGGUCGACAAAGCCUACAGUAGGCAGCACACAUUUAGCUAUUGAAAAUCUGAAGCCAAACACAAGAUAUUAUUUUAAAAUUCAAGCAAAAAAUCCAUAUGGUUAUGGUCCCAUUAGUGAAGCCUUGUCUUUCAUUACAGAAUCAGAUGACCCACUGAUUAUUGUCAGACCACCUGGAGGUGAGCCAAUUUGGAUUCCUUAUACAUUCAAGUAUGAACCGUCUUCCAGUGAAUGCAUGGGAAAGCAGUAUGUGAAGCGCACUUGGUAUCGCAAGUUUGUUGGUGUGGUACUUUGCAACUCUCUGCGAUACAAGAUCUUCCUGUCUGAAGGACUGAGAGAUAUGUUUUACAGCAUUGGUGAUGCUUGGGGAAAAGGGGAGGACCACUGCCAGUUUGUUGAUUCUUUCCUGGAGGGAAGGACAGGGACACAUGCAUAUCCUGCAUCUCUGCCUAUCAUCCCAGGUUAUUAUCGGAGUUAUCGUCAAGAGCCGGUGUCAUUUGGCCUCAUUGGUGGAGUUGGCAAUUAUGGUGGAACAUCCAAUUACUACGUAGGCUGGUAUGAAUGUGGAGUACCUAUUCCAGGAAAGUGGUAAUGAGCUGACUUCGUUGAAGCUGCUUAUGGAGGAGUUAGCAACUCGUGCGUGAGGUGAAUUAGCUGAGAGCUGGGAGAGCUCUUUCCAAAGAAAAUGGAACAAUCCAUUGAAUAAUCAAGAUUUUCUUUCCACCAUUUCAGACACUGUUUCUUCCAUAAUGUACUGGAAAACAUAAAAUAUCCC